CCCAGCAGUGCCCUUUGGCAAGAGAACCCCAAGACCUAGAAUGAAUUUUGACCAGAAGGCUGUGAAAUUCUUGGCAAAUUUUUACAUCAAUGGAGGCAAACACUGGACUCGGGGUCCCUUGAGUCAGCAACCUCUUCACGCCACCCAGCCUGAGACUACUGCGCUAUGGUGGGACCAGGAGCUGGAGGCAGCCUGGGAUGACAUGUGGCCCCCAAAGACGAAGAGGGCCCCAAGUGGCUUCAGGUUAAGAAUGGACACCCCCAAAGAGCCCACAGGGACCCUGAGGGAGCUGUUGCUGGAACGACGCCCUCCGAUCCUGACUGACCUGGAUGUCCCUGGCCCUACCAAGUAUGAGGUGCCCAGUGCGUCUCUGCGGGAGAACUCUCCACAUCCGCAGUACACCAUGGGCCACAAGUACCCUGGCCGAGAGGGUGGUGGCCGCAGGGCAUGGCAGACCAUGUGGCUCCAGAGUGAAAGCCCCUUUACGCAGAAGACUGACUUCAAUCGAGAGCGAAAGUGGCCAUCGCCCGCCGAGUAUAGGCCGCUGAACCAGCCCGCCUUCCCGGCCUUCAGCUUUGGAGGCCGCCGCCGCUCUGUGGUCAAGAUACCCGAGAGUCAUUUACGCCCAGGGAUGCUCCGAGACCGAGGUCCUUUUGUCUAUACCCCGCUCUUGGCUGCCUCACCGCGCUCUGGCGAGAAGCGACCUAGCCCCAACACCUAUGACAUCCUUCCCGGGUGUCGUCUGCAGAGUACACGCUCACCUGCCUUCUCCAUGAGUCGUUCCCCUGCGUUUGCCUCCUGGGUCAGCUCCUCCCGAACCCCAGGUCCUGCUGCCUACUACGUGGAAGACUGCUACAACUCACGAUUUCCAUCUCAGCCCGGAGUAGUCAUCCAAGGAGUGCGCAGACCCAAGCGUCAUGACACAGGCCCCUUCUGCACACUGUAGGCCCAUCGGGUAUAGAUUGCAAAGCUGACCUCCCUUAAGGUUUUCCUAGGCUGCUUUUGAAACUCUUUGUCUGCAGUUUAUGACCCUCGAGACACCCCUCACCCACUCUUCUGGCUUAUGCUGUGCAAAAAGAAGAGUCUUCCCGGAGCCUUCCUCUCCCCACUAUACUGAGAUGCAAAUGAUUCUUCUGAACUGUGGUCUCUGGUGUGCCUGGUUGCCCAUCCUUUGCUCAGUGGGCUGUUUUGAAUAUGUGGCUUCCUGCUUCCCUGGUAUUGCUGGCUUACUCUGCCCCUGCAUGGUGCUCUUUGCUUCAGGGUUGAAAUGGCAGCCUGGGAACUAACCCCAGGCUUCCUGACCCAGGCAGUGGUGGUGCACACCUUUAAUCCGAGUACUCAGGAGGCAGAGGCAGACAAAUCUCUGUGAGUUUGAGGCCAGUCUGGUCUACAGAGUGAGUUCCAGGACAGCCAGAGUUGUUACAAAGAGAAACCCUGCCUCAAAAAAACAAACAAAACAAAGAAGUGCAUCAUUACUGAGUGUGGCACCACAAGCCUUUAAUCCCAGCAGUCAGGAGGCAGAGGCAGGGGAUCUGAGUUUGAGGCCAGCCUGGUCUAAGUAGUAACUGUCUCAAAAAAUACACCAUCAAGCCCAAACCAGAACUCACUUAAGAAGUGAUUUCAUUUAUGUGUAUGAAUAUUUUGGUGUUUUGUAUGUGCCACAUGUAUGUCUGGUGCUUGUGGGGGUGAGAAGAGGACAUCAGAUCCCCGGAACUGGAGUUAUGGAUAGUUAUGAACCACCAUGUGCAUGCUGGGAACUAAACCCAGGGGGUCCUUGGCAACAGUAACAAGUGUUCCUCCAGAA